AUGCAUGACGAAUUUGACAGUGUUAGUGAAAUAGUGGCCAAUAAAAUAGAAAAGGAUUAAUUAUUUCCUCUUUCACUAGUUAGUUGUAUUGCUGGCACUAUUAAUUUAAAUUUGAUGAUGAAUAUGCAAAAAUAUAGAUUUUUACUUAGUUGCAUCAAUGAAUGA